GAUGCCAAUGAACUAUACCUGCCUUCCAGCUCUGGCAAGAUGAUCAAGUCCUUCAAGCAAACAUUUCUGUCCAUGGACCUGCAGUCCCCUCGCUGGAGCUCCAUAGAGGCAAUGGCAAAGGACUAUGAACUGCGUCAGUAUGAGACAGCAAAGUGGGUCAGCACAGUCAUUAGGGGAGAAACCCAGAAGGAAGCAAUGCGCCAGGGCUUCUGGAAACUCUUUCACUACAUCCAGGGAAAGAAUGAAAAAGAAGUGAAGAUUGAUAUGACUGUGCCAGUGACCUGCCUUGUAAAAUCAGGCUGCACAGACUUCAAGAUCUCCUUCUUUGUGCCAUUUGAACACCAGGACUGCCCCCCCCAGCCCACUGACUCAGAUGUGUUCAUUGAGGACAGGAAGGCAGCAGCUCUCUUUGUCCGGUCCUUUGGUGGAUUUGCUUCUCCAGAGAAAUAUGAAGAGGAAGCCAACGCCUUGGCCAGAACCUUAAGGAACAGAGGCCAACCAUUCCACGAAGACUUCUUCUAUACUGCAGGCUAUGACAGUCCCUUCAAGCUCUUUAACAGGCAUAACGAAGUGUGGUAUUUUAAAAAGUAACAUGAUGGAAGAGUAUUAAGAGGCUACUAAUCAGCUCUAGAUAAAAACAGACCUCAUUAUUGUCUUUUUAGUGCAGGCAAGAUUUAACUCGCAUGUGGACACAAUGCCUGCAUUAAUUUUCUCUAGGAUGAAGUACUGCUCCAGAUAAAAACACUU